AGUGUUUAUGUGUGUGAAAAAGCGUGCUUGGAACGACGGUCUCCAGAGUUUGCGAAAAUAAUCGCAUUUAUACGCUAUCAAUUCCUUAAAUUUAUAGCAGAGUGUCUAGUUUUAGCAACAAGCUACAGUUUACAAGCAUUACAAUGCGUUAUUCGCGGUGCAAUACACACUAAAUUCCCGGAAAACAAUUGGGUGCUUCCCCCCCACCCCCCAAACAACCGCUUGCUGCGGCAAUCGGUGCAGCAAAAAAGGCGGGGGGGGCGUUUGUUUUGUAGAUGAAAAGCGACUUCCUACGGCAUAAGCAUGGCAGCGAAUUAUCCGGGCAAUGCGGCUGCCCAAGCCGGAACACAACAAUUUUUAGAACCUACGCAGAUAGGUCAGUUUCGCAGCUUCGUAACGAUGCUAGGGGACGCCGGCUCGAAGGAUGAGCUAAAGCUGAAGGCGGCGCAAGAGCUGAGCGAGAGCUUCGAGAUUAUCACACAGUCUAGCGGGUAUCAGAACUUCCUCGAGCAUGCAAUGCGCGUGUUCCUUAAGGUGCUGCAGGACGGGGAACCGAUGUUCAUAUCGGAGCUAAACAUGCAGCAAGUGCGAAAGCUGAUCCUGGAAAUGAUCCACCGGUUGCCGCAGAGUGAGCUUGUGCGUCCCUUCGUGAAGCCCAUCGUCAUCCUUAUGAUCAAGCUGCUUUACACGGAAAACGAAGAGAACGUGCUGGUUUGCCUCCGAAUUAUCGUGGACAUUCACAAACAGUACCGGCCACCGUUCCAUGCGGAAAUUCUUGAUUUCGUAGCGUACCUCAAGAAAAUCUUUACCGAGCUGCCAAAACACAUGACCGUUAUGUUCGAACCGCGGCAACCGAUCAAGGUGAAGGACCUGAAGGAGCUCAACUUCGAGACACUGCUGCCGGACCUUUUCACCAUGACGCCCAUACAGCUGGAAAAGAAGACGCCCGACGGUAAAACAACCACCGCUUCGUACAAUCUCAUACCGAAGGGCAUUAACUCGCUGAAGGUGCUGCACGAGCUACCGAUCAUAGUGGUGCUGCUGUACCAAAUCUACAAACAAAAUCUCCACCAGGAAGUGGCCGAUUUUAUACCGCUGGUCAUGAGCACCAUCAGCUUGCAGCCAUCCCUCGCGCACAAAAACUCUCCCGGAUUCAACAAGGAAACGUAUGUGGAUUUUAUGGGAGCCCAAAUCAAAACGCUCACCUUUUCCGCUUACAUUCUGCGGCUGUUCCCGGACGCGGUGCAUACGCACGCCUCCACGAUGGUGAAGGGUAUGAUAAAUCUGUUGGAAAGUUGCCCGAAGGAGGUGGCCAGCUCGCGGAAGGAGCUGCUCGUUGCAUCCCGACACAUCCUACAGACAGAGUUUCGCAACCAUUUCGUACCAAUGAUCGAGAAGCUGUUCGACGACGAUGUGCUGCUGGGGAAGGGCUGGACAACGCACGAAAAUUUGCGUCCCCUCGCAUACUCCACCCUGGCCGACCUGGUCCACCACAUUCGGCAGCAGCUAAGUUUGCAGGCCCUAUCGAAGGCGGUCCAUUUGUUUGCCAAAAACAUACACGACGAAUCGUUACCUACCAGCAUUCAAACGAUGUCCUGCAAACUGUUGCUCAAUCUGGUCGACUGUAUCCGGGUCAAGAGCGAAGUCGAGCCGGUAGUGGCGCGAGACCUGCUCAUCACAAUGCUGCGCAUAUUUACGAUCAAGUUCCAAACCAUUUCCACUGUGCAGCUGCCCCAGUUGAUGCAGAAAUGGAAAACCAAACCAUCCGAGAUGGGAGGCACACUUCCCGGGCAGAGCGAAACCGGCGCCCGUGACAUACUUGCUGGCUGCACAACGACCGAUGGUUCCGCGGAUGGUUCGGGACAGAAAGCGACCAGCAUCGGUUUGCCCGUCCCAACCACACUGAACGUGUCCGAGUACCGCAGCCUGAUCAAAACGCUCGUUUGCGGUGUGAAGGCAGUUACGUGGAACUGUCCAUCGCCGAAAUCGGUCAAUGCGAACGAGUACACGGGUCCGACGAAAAUAUUUAAUCCGAGCGAAAUACUCAUCUUCAUCGACCUGUUCCACUGGGCGUUGGAGGCGCUCGACAUCUACACGAUCAACAUUCCGGGAGCGGUGCUGGGGGUCGGACAGUCCAUCCCGGUGCAGAAACAAACGUUGCAGAUGCCUCGCACGAAGGAGGAGAAGGAGGUGCUGGAGCAUUUCAGUGGAGUGUUCCUCACGAUGGAUCCGCAGAACUUCCAGGAAAUUUUUACCGCCACCAUCGACUUCAUGGUAGAUCGGUUGUACAAAAACACCACCCUGCAGGUUAUCGCCAACUCGUUCCUAGCCAACCCGAAAACCUCCCCCCUGUUCGCGACGGUCCUGGUGGAGUAUCUGCUCGAACGUAUGGACGAGAUGGGAUCGAACAUAGAACGGUCCAACCUGUAUCUACGCCUGUUCAAGCUAGUGUUCGGAAGCGUUAGCCUCUUUGCGGCGGAAAACGAACACAUGCUUCGUCCGCACCUGCAUAACAUCGUGAACCGUUCGAUGGAGCUUGCCAUGACGGCCAAGGAACCGUACAACUAUUUCCUGCUGCUGCGCGCCCUGUUCCGUUCGAUCGGUGGCGGAUCGCACGAUUUGCUGUAUCAAGAGUUUUUGCCCCUGUUGCCGAAUCUGCUCGAGGGAUUGAAUCGACUUCAAAGUGGAUUCCACAAGCAGCACAUGAAGGAUCUGUUUGUGGAGCUGUGUCUCACCGUUCCGGUGCGCCUUUCAUCCCUGUUGCCAUACCUGCCAAUGCUGAUGGAUCCGCUCGUGUCGGCGUUGAACGGAUCGCACACGCUAAUCAGUCAGGGCUUGCGAACGCUGGAGCUUUGCGUCGACAAUCUGCAGCCCGACUUCCUGUACGAUCACAUCCAACCGGUUCGGGCCGAUCUGAUGCAGGCCCUGUGGCGAACGCUCCGCAACCAGGACAGUGCGGCCAUCGUUGCGUUCCGCGUGCUGGGCAAAUUCGGCGGUGGCAAUCGCAAGAUGAUGAUCGAACCACAGAAGCUCAAGUACCAGGAGAAUGAUCAGUCACUGCCGGCGGUGGUCGCCUACUUCCAGGACCAUCGGAAUCCAAUCAACUUUGCGGUGGAUAAAGUCAUCGAGACCGCUUUCAACGCACUCAAGUGUAGCACCACCGAUCCGUUCUACUGGCGCCAAAGCUGGGAAGUGAUCCGAUGCUAUCUGGCCGCCUCGAUCACGCUCGACGACGAUAAGCACACGCUGCAGAAGCUGUUCAUGCAUCCCAGCUUCACCGAGAACAACGUGCAGUGCGCACCGAGCGUGGCAAACUACAUCGCACCGGAUAAGCGGGCACGCAUGAUGCAUCAAACGGCACUGACGGGAAUGUUUGUGGCUGCCGCCACGAAAGAGCUGCGCGGUUCCGUGCUGCCCACGAUGGUUGCCGUCGUCCGGCACUACACGAUGGUGGCGAUCGCCCAGCAGGCCGGCCCGUUCCCGCUGCUCAAACACUUCCAGUGGUACAGCGUCGGCAUGGAUCCGCUCGUGCUGAUCGAUGCGCUGGCCGAGAUAAUGGGCCACGAGGAGAAGGAGCUGUGCAAACCGGGCAAUCUGGCGAUGGUGUUGAUACUCGAAACGGCCACAAACAUCAUGGGCUCGAAGGAACGUGCCUGCCGCCUGCCGCUCAUGAACUAUCUCGGCGAGAAGAUGGCGGCGCUGUGUUACGAGCGGCCGUGGUACUCUAAGAUGGGUGGCUGCAUUGCGCUUAAGUUCCUGUACCAGAAUAUGGCCAUGCGGUGGUUGUAUCAGCACACGUUCGUCUUCCUGAAAGCGUUCAUGUUCAUCAUCAUGGACCUGACCGGGGAGGUGUCGAGUGGAGCGAUCGAUAUGGCGCGCACGUUCCUGGAGAAAAUGUUGCGCAUCUGUAUGAAACCGCUGGAGAAGGAUUGCAAGAACGAGGAGUUGCUGGCGACGCAGAAGAAAGCGAUGCACGACGUCAUUCACGAGCUGGUGCGGCAAGUAACGAGCCCGCACACACUGGUGCGCGAAACGGCCAUGUCCUCGUUGCGCUUGAUCGCAGAGCUGCAGGAGAAAACGGUAACGGAGGUGAUGGAUCCUCACAGGGAGGUGCUGGUAGACAUGAUACCGCCCAAGAAACAUCUGCUGCGCCACCAGCCGGCCAGUGCCCAGAUUGGUUUGAUGGAUGGUAACACGUUCUGUACCACGCUUGAACCAAGACUGUUCACAAUUGAUCUCAACGUGUUAACGCACAAGGUGUUCUACCACGAAGUGUUGACGCUCUCGGACGCGGAAGAUGCAACGCUGAACAAGCUGGAGUGCUACAAAACGGUCACCAACCUCGUGCCGUUGCGCAAAAGCGCGUUGAAUGCGCUGGCCGCCUGCCACUACAUACCGAACGGAUGCCGGGAGAAGAUAUUUGCCAUCCUGUUCAAGGGAUUGGAAAAGAACAAUGCCGAACUGCAGGAAGCGGCGUUCCAUUGCAUGAAGAACUUCCUGCAGGGCUGUAACGUCAGCAAAGAAACGAUCCACACGGUCAUCCGUCCGCUGCUGCUAAUGCUGGGCGACUAUCGUAAUCUCACGCUGAGUGGCACCAGGCGCCUCUCCUACCUGACGCAACUAUUCCCGGCCAUGUUCAACGAGAAGCUGUGCGAUUCGCUGCUGCAAAUACUGCGCAAAAUGCUCGAGGUUACCAUAACCAGCAAUCAGGGCAACUUUCUCGCGACCUCCAAGACGAGCGAGAUGGAAAAGAAGAUCGUUACGAUUCUCGGUAUCUUCCAGCAAAUUCCGGCCGCCUCGCCCAAAUUCAUCGAAAGCUUGUGCAAGCUGAUACUGCAGGCGGAGAAGAGCUUGAUGGUCGAACCAUCGUCACCGUAUCGGCCAGCGCUGGUGAAAUUCCUACUGCGCUACCCGAAGGAAACGAUCGAGCUGCUCCUUACGGACGCGAUCGUGAAGGAUGCACAGUGGAAUCGGUUCACAAUCUUCCUGCUACGCCACAAGGAUGGUGCGCCGUUCCGUAAUGCGGCACAGCUGAAGGGAGCCCGCCUGACGCAGCUCAUCCUGCUGAACUCGGAAUCGUCGACCGCGGCGAAACCGUUCGAGGAGCGGUACGAAUCACAGCACCAGGCAGUGCUUAUCAUCCACACGCUGGUCGAAUUCGAUGGACCGUGGAUCACGAGUCAGGUGGAGAUCGUUAAGGUGCUGAAAAGCAUCUGGAAAAAUGAUCUGUACAAGUCCUGUCAAGUGUCGGUGGUGUGCGAUCUGUGGCAUUUGAUCGCGAAAAUCCUGAUCGAAUACUUUUCCCACAACACGAACGAGAUACAGCUGCUGUUUCAGCUGCUGCGCGCUCUCUGUCUUCGCUUCGUGCCCGACUUCCAGUUUAUGCGCGAUUUCCUGCAGAAUACCGUGUGCCAGAGCUAUACCGUCGAGUGGAAGCGGAUGGCGUUUUUCGAGUUUGUCGAAAUCUUCCCGAGCCCCGAGCUGGCGCAAGAUUUGAAGGCGAAAAUCCUGAUGAUGAUCAUCAUUCCCAGCUUUGCGCUGAGCUUCGAGAAGGGCGAGGGAAACAAGCUGGUCGGUGCGCCGCCCGCUCCGUACCAGGAGGACGAUCGCAACGUGGUGUCGGUGUUCAUUAACAAGGUGAUCGAUCCGGACAAACCGUUCGCCAACGAGGACUGUGUGCGUAUUGCGCUGCUGCAGUUUGCCAGCUUGCUGGUGGAGAAGGCAUCGCCGCACAUACACGAUGGCGAUGCGAACAAUAAGCGCGAGGGCAACAAGCUGCGGCGGCUGAUGACGUUCGCGUGGCCCUGUCUGUUGCCGCGGAAUUGCGUCGAUCCGUCGGCCCGGUACCAUGGGCAUCUGCUGCUGAGCCACAUCAUUGCGCGGCUCGCCAUUCACAAGCGUAUCGUGCUGCAAGUGUUCCAUUCGCUGCUGAAGGCUCACGCGGUCGAGGCUAGGCGGGUCGUGCAGCAGGCACUCGAGGUGCUAACGCCGGCAAUGCCGUUGCGCAUGGAGGACGGCAACACGAUGCUGACCCACUGGACGAAGAAGAUUAUCGUGGAGGAAGGUCACUCGAUGCAGCAGCUCUUCCACAUCCUGCAGCUGAUCGUACGCCACUACAAAGUGUACUACCCCGUCCGGCACCAGCUCGUGCAGCAGAUGAUCAACUCCAUGCAGCGGCUGGGCACCGUCGGCAACACAUCCACCGAGUACCGCAAGCUGUCGAUCGAGCUGGCGGAAGUCGUGAUCAAGUGGGAAAUGCAACGGGUAAAGGACGAAACGGAUGAAGCGGCUGCCGCUGCUGCAGCGGCCGGCGGUAUCGAGGGAAGCAAUGGGAGUGCCGGUGGCGAAGAGUCGACCGAAAUGGGAAUGCCCGGUUCAACAGCAACGGAUUCAGCGGGUGAUGGAUCGAGCAAGCUUCAAACGAGCGGCGCUGUUAAGCGUACCGCUUCCGGUGUCGAUGACGAUGGAUCGGGUGGCGUUAAGAAGAAGCAGGCCCCCAGCUCGACACCGGUGCUUAACUUCCUGUUCCGUCUGGCGUGCCAGAUUAACGAGGUAACGCCCGGGGCGCCCGGCAUAGUAACACCGGGCGACAAUCUUUCGCGCCGCUGCGUGAAUCUACUCAAGCUGGCGAUAAAACCAGACACACCGGUCGAUCUGAAGCUCGUCUGGUUGGAUAAGGUGUUGCAGAGCGUCGACAUGCAGCCGUCCAGCAUUGGCAACAUCUGUACCGCACUGGAGCUGCUCACAUUCCUGGUGAGCGUGCAGAAGAAGGACCAAAUACUGGCCACACUGAAACCGCUGCAGCGCGGUCUGUCCGCCUGCGUGACCUGCUCGAACACGCGCGUCAUUAAGCUAAUGCACGGGCUGCUCUCCCGGCUGAUGGCAAUCUUCCCGUCGGACAGCCAGCACAAGAACGACGAUCUCGACAUCCUGUACACGGCCAUCUCGCGCAUGAUCUACGAAGGGUUGGCGAACUAUGAAAAAACUACCCAAGCCAACCCCUCGUCACUGUUCGGCACGCUCAUGACACUGAAGGCGGCCUGUUCGAACAAUCCGGGCUACAUCGAUCGGCUGAUCACGCCCUUCAUGCGCUUGCUGAACCGGCUAACCAAGGAGCAUUUGACCGGUUUCGGCGGUGCGAUGGGCGGUAUGGGAGGAGCUACCGGACCGGGCGGUCUGGCAGUGGGCAGUGGGGGGGCCGGUGGAGCGGGUGGCGUCGGGGCGGGAGGAGGGGUCGGUGCUGGCGGAGGGCUUGGUGCGGGUGCGUCGAUAAGCGACGUGGCGAACACAAGCUCGAUCGCGCUCGAGCUGCUGGUGGUGUCGCUCGAUCUGGUCAAAAACCGGGUCGUCGUGAUGAGUGUCGAAAUGCGCAAAAUGUUCAUCGGAGCCAUACUGGUCGGGUUGAUCGAGAAGAGCAGCGACUCGAAGGUGAUCAAAGCGAUCGUCAAGAUCAUCGAGGAGUGGAUGAAGAACAACAAAAACACGCCGGUUACGGUGCAGCAAGCGCCGACGCUGCGCGAGAAAGCGAUUCUGCUCGUCAAACUGAUGCAGUACGUGGAGAAGCGGUUUGCGGACGAUCUGGAGCUGAACGGCCAGUUUCUCGAGCUGGUCAAUUACAUCUAUCGGGAUGAGGUGCUGAAAGCGACCGAGCUUACCUCGAAGCUGGAAGCGGCGUUUGUGGCGGGACUGCGCUGUCCGGUGCCCCGUAUCCGGGCCAAGUUCUUCGAGGUGUUCGAUGGUUCGAUGCGCCGUCGGCUGCACGAUCGGCUGCUGUACAUUAUCUGCUCGCACUCGUGGGACUCGAUCGGGCAGCACUACUGGAUCAAGCAGUGUAUCGAGCUGCUGAUACUGACGGCCAACACGACCACCCAGAUCCAGAACAGUGUGGAGAAUCAUCUGCUUCCGAGCAUAUCGUCGGUCAUUAACUUUGCCGAUCCGGAGGAACGCAAAAACUUCGUCAUCUACACGACGAUCAGCAACGACACGACCGACUCGUUCGACCCGAUCGAAGACAAGGAGGACGCGUUCGAUAUGGACAUGAACGUCGACUCCAACAUUUCGCGCCACGAAGAGAGUGAGCGGCCCGUCGCCAAUCGGCACGCCGCGCUCGCCAAACUGAUCAGCCGCCAGGCCGAGUUCAUGGAAGCGAAUCGGAAGGUGCGCACGGAGCAGCUGCUCGUCGCUACGGCCCAGCUCUGCCACAUGGAUACGCAGCUGGCGGAGAAGGUUUGGCUCGAUAUGUUCCCGAAGCUGUGGGAAAUAUUGGACCCGAUCCAGCAGCAAUCGCUCGACCGUGAGAUUAUCCCGUUCCUCGCCUCGGGCGCACACAUCAUCCAGCGCGACUGCAAUCCGAGCGCGCUGCACACGUUCGUGGAAGCGCUGGCACAGUGUCAGCCGCCCGUGUACAUGCCACCGAACCUGAUGGGGUAUCUGGGCCGCGCGCACAACCUGUGGCACCGGAUGACGCUGAUGCUGGAGUCGCUGGCCGACGAUUGGGCAAACGUGAAGGAUUUGCUGCCGGACUGUGUCGAUCAGGACGAUCAAGGUAUGCGCGAUUGUUCGAUCGUGCGGGAACCGCUGUCGCAGAUGUAUUCGGCCCUGCACGAAGAGGAUCUGUGGGCCGGACUGUGGCAAAAGUACGCCAAGUAUGCCGAAACGAGCCGCGCCAUUGCGCACGAGCAGAUGGGCUACUUUGAGGAGGCGCAAAGCAUUUACGACGCGGCGAUGAUGCGGUUCAAGCAGGAUCUGAGCAACGGGCAGACGCCGACGGAUAUGAACAGUGAGAUGCAGCUGUGGGAGAACCAUUGGAUACGGUGCGCGAAGGAGCUGAACCAGUGGGACAUCCUGAUGGACUUUGGGCAGCUGUGCCGGGACAAGAACACGUACCUCAUCAUGGACAGUGCGUGGCGCGUGCCGGACUGGAACUUGAUGAAGCAGGCGCUGCUCAAGGUGGAACAGUCCUGCCCGAAGCAGGUCGGAUACAAGAUCAACCUGUACCGGGGCUAUCUGGCGAUCCUGAACCAGGAAGAUCCGCAGCACACCAACGGUAGCGUCUCGGUCGAGCGGUACGUCGAGAUGGCGUCGGCCUACUGUAUGCGCGAAUGGCGCCGACUGCCCCCGAUCGUGUCCCACAUCCAUCUGCCGAUACUGCAAGCUUCGCAGCAAAUAAUGGAGCUGCAGGAAGCGAGCCAGAUCCAUCAGGGGCUGCUGCAGAACCGCACCACCUCGCUGCACGACAUGAAAGCGAUCGUGAAGACGUGGCGCAACCGGCUGCCGGUGAUUGCGGACGAUUUGUCACACUGGAGCGACAUCUUUACCUGGCGGCAGCACCACUACCAGAUCAUCACCUCGCACCUCGAACACAACAACGAACCGAACGCACAGUGCAUGCUGGGUGCGCACGCAUCGGCCCAAACGAUCAUCCACUUCGGGAAGAUUGCACGCAAGCAAAAUCUCACGAGCGUGUGCCAGGAUUCGCUGUCCCGCAUCUACACCAUCCCCUCGGUACCGGUGGUGGACUGUUUCCAGAAAAUAAGACAACAAGUCAAAUGCUGCCUCCAGAUGGCGUCGGUCACUAGCCGGGCCGAGCUGUCCGAAGCGCUGGAAGUGAUCGAACCGACCAACCUCGAGUACUUCACGAAGGAAAUGACGGCCGAGUUUUAUGCGCUCAAGGGACUACUGCUGGCCCAAACCGGCCGCUCGGAGGAAGCGAACAAAGCGUUCAGUGCGGCCACACAGCUGCACGACACGCUCAUCAAGGCGUGGGCCUUCUGGGGCGAUUACCUGGAGCACAUCUUCACCCGCGACUAUCGGCAGAUCCAUCUCGGUGUGUCGGCUGUAACGUGCUUCCUGCACGCCUGCCGCAGCCAGAUCGAGAGCAAAUCGCGCAAAUAUUUGGCCAAGGUGCUGUGGCUGCUGUCGUACGACGACGAUAAGUCGUCGCUGCUGGAUGCGCUCGACAAGUACGCGGUGGGUGUGCCGCCCGGCCAGUGGGUCCCCUGGAUUCCGCAGCUGCUGUGCAGCUUAGUGCAGUACGAGGGAAAUGUGAUUAUGAAUCUGCUCAGCCAGGUCGGUCGUAUGUUCCCGCAGGCCGUCUACUUCCCGAUCCGCACGCUCUACCUUACGCUGAAGAUCGAGCAGCGGGAACGGUACAAGAGUCUCGAGCAGCAGCAGCAGCAACAGCAGCAAGCUUCCAUCGUGCAGAAGGCAGCUGCGAAGGAGGGUGCUGCGGUUGCCGGUGCGACCGGCGCGAACGCGACCACUCCCGGCAGCGCUUCCUCGGAUGUUUCAUCCACAUCCGCAACUGCUGCCGGUACACCCGGAACGGCGGCUGCUGCAGCAGGUGCGGCAGCAGCAACACCCGGACAAGGUGGCCCAGCCGGUGCCGCCGCCACUACGACGACGACGACGACGACACCCAUCCGGGCCACACCGCCGAUGUGGCGCUGUUCGAAGAUUAUGCAUCUGCAGCGUGACAUCCACCCGACCGUGCUGAGCUCGCUCGAGGGCAUCAUCGAUCAGAUGGUGUGGUUCCGGGAGAAUUGGUACGAGGAGGUACUGCGGCAGCUGCGCCAAGGGCUGACCAAGUGUUACGUGAUCGCGUUCGACAAUCGGGGCGCGGUUAAUGAAGCGACCAUCACGCAGCAUACGCUCAACUUCAUCAAGAAGCUCGUGUCCACCUUUGGCAUCGGAAUAGAAAACAUUUCCAGCUCCGUCUCGGCAACGUUCGUUUCGGCGGCGUCCGAAUCGUUGGCGCGCCGGGCCCAGGCCACCGUACAGGAUCCCGUGUUCCAGAAGAUGAAGGGACAGUUUACGAGCGAUUUCGACUUCUCGCAGCCCGGUGCCAUCAAGCUGCACAAUUUGAUCAUGAAGCUGAAGAUGUGGAUCAAAAUUCUCGAAGCCAAAACGAAGCAGCUGCCCAAAUCCUUCCUGAUCGAGGAGAAGUGUCGCUUCCUGUCGAAUUUCAGUCAAAAAACGGCCGAGGUGGAGCUGCCCGGUGAGCUGCUGCUGCCGAAGAAUUCGCACUACCACAUACGCAUCGCGCGCUUCAUGCCACGGGUCGACAUUGUGCAGAAGCAUAACACGGCCGCCCGGCGCCUGUACAUCCGGGGAACCAAUGGCAAAAUCUAUCCGUACCUCGUAGUGAACGACACGGGCUUUGCUGAUUCGCGGCGCGAGGAGCGUCUGCUGCAGUUGCUCCGCAUGCUCAAUUCGUAUCUGGUAAAGCGUAAGGAAACGUCACGCCGUUUCCUCUACCUAACCGUACCGCGCGUCGUUGCCGUUUCGCCCCAGAUGCGUUUGGUGGAGGACAAUCCGGCCAGCAUCUCGCUGCUGGAGGUGUACAAAGCGUGCUGCAACAAGCUAAACAUCGAGCACGACGCACCGAUCACGCGGUACUACGAUCGGCUCGCCAAAAUACAGGCCCGCGGAUCGCCCACCAACCACGUCAUUCUGCGUGACAUUCUCAAGGAAACGCAGACGCAGAUGGUGCCGAAAACGCUCCUCAAAGACUGGGCAGUGCGAACGUUCCCGUGUGCCACCGAUUACUGGCAGUUCCGGAAAAUGUUUACCCUACAGCUGGCUUUCUCCUGUCUGCUGGAGUACGCGCUCUGUCUCACCCGGCUCAACCCGGACAUGAUCUAUCUGCAUCAGGAUUCGGGACUGAUGAACGUCUCGUACUUCCGGUUCGAGAUGGAUGACAGUACCGGGUUUCUCGACGUGAACCGGGCGGUUCCGUUCCGCCUGACGCCCAACAUUGUCGAGUUUGUGUCGUCGGUCGGUGUGGCUGGCCCGCUGACGGCGUCCGCCGUUGCAACGGCACGCUGCUUCAUACAGCCCAACUUUAAGCUGACGACCAUCCUGAAAGCGAUACUGAAGGAUGAAAUUAUCUGGUUCCACAAGAAGCGGCUGAACGAUGAGAAGGUGCUCGUCGAUCAGUCGUCGUCGUCGUCGUCGUCGUCGGCGGCCGGUGCCAGCAGUGCGGCCACCAUCUCAUCCACCACAUCGACCGCUGCGAGCACAGCUGGUGCUGCGCAGGCCACCACCGCAGCGACGGUCACCGAUCAGGACAACGCGUCGAUCGAUAUCGAUGCGGAAACGAUCAUCACGACGGUAAACAAAGCCGUCGGUACGAUCAUGGGCCGGUUGAACAAUCUUUCGCGCAUCGACAGCGGGGAAGCGAAUCGGAUGAGCGCGUUCGUGCACAUGGCCACCAAUCCGGACAAUCUGUGUCUGAUGGAUCCUGCCUGGCAUCCGUGGUUGUAAAUGCGCGGAAGGCCAACUAUGGUGUGAGAAUGGUAUUGUAAAUGUAUUGUAUUAGGACGAACGAUCCUCAACAGAAUGAUUCAAUAGAGCUGAGUGAUGAAAUGCAAAAUUCAACAACA